GCUGACGGCAGCGACGAUGGCUGACGGCGGCCACUACCAUGAUGAUUCUAUCGUCGUGGUGGACGAGUACCCCGAAGAAGUUGUGCUCGAGUUGCGCCCAGGUGACCGUAUUAGGCAGUGGCAGACCAUCUUUGCCCGAGGCGAGAUCGGCGGAGCGGAUUACCGAGACCAGCAGAAGAAGCGCAACGUGGAUGUCAUCAACUCGCUCUUGGCUCUCCCCAAAGGCAUGAACGCAGCCGGCCGCCGCUAAACGACCGGCACCAAGACCCGGAGAACAAAAUGACAAUUUUCUAGGCAUAUGGUUUUUUGUUCUCUCUUCUAUAUUAUUCGGUACAAGUUUUAACAUGUUUUGUUAUAGGACCGCUGGCUUAGAAUUUGUUCGUACCCGAUUGCAAGUUUUGUGAAGAAGCUCUGUGCGAAAGUUAGGAACGAUUUAUGUUCUUCUUUAUUUUUGUUCACACUUACGGGCCGAAAUCUUGUAAAUGCAGCAUGGCGUGUAUCUGAGUGGAGGGUGUGCAAUAAGAUCCUACUUCGUCUUCUUCCAUCUGCAUGAACUUAUUAUUAUUGUUAAGUCUUCGUAGGAAAUGCUGAUUUUUAUUAAUUAUUAAUUUACUAUAACUAUAGUAUAAUUACCAGCGAAUUACCCAUUAUAAGGUUAAGAAGCCAUCCGAACCACCAUUUUGCUUAUUACAAGUUACAAUUCGUUAGCUAUUGGUGAUUUUUUGAAUGAUAAAAAAAAGCAUGAUUUUCCAAGCAAGACAAUGUUUUCUAAAUACACCUAUUGCAAUUACUAAUGCGCAUGAU